CGCUACCAUGUCUUCGGCAAACGGCGAGGGCAAGACGCUCCCAUAUGAAAUACUGUACAUGAUCUGUACAGAGCUAGGCAACGAGAAUGAUUUUGUUUCUCUUUUUCAAUGCGCCUUGACUUCAAGACCCUUUGCGGAUUCGGCCCUGCGGAUCAUGUAUCAGCGCCACCAAUUCUCUCCUGUGUUUGAGCAGCGAGACGAUCUGGUCAUGCAAAAGGAGGUCGACUAUGCCACCAGAGCCGCGGAGGAAAAGCGAAUGUUUCGAAAAUGGAACGUCCUCUGGCGCUCCAUCAUAGCGUCCAGCCUCGACCAUACGAGGUGGCCGACCUACAAGCCUUACUGCUGGCACAUCACGACGCUCGACUUUCGCAAUCUUCUGGCCAUGCUCGAUGACUACAAAUUCACGCCGGUGGUACAGUCGCAGUUCUUCAACAAGGGUCUCAAAGGUUUCUGGAUCCCCAAGAAGGAUAUCCGGGGACAAGUCGUCGACGUCGUCGCCACUGUGAACAAAGUCGGCGAUGCCCUGAUCACCAAGACGCCCCUGCUUGAAGAGAUUAAUGGCCAUAUGAGCCCGGGGUACUUGUGCGACUGGAUCCCCCUCUCCCCGAAACUGGUCAGCAUGGUCUUGUGGAAUGGGGACGCCUUGACCGGGACAGGCGACCGUUUCGACAGUGCAGGCAAGGCAAUCGCUGCAUGCUGUGAGUCGUUCAAGAGCUUGACCGUACACGACUGGUCAAGUCCAGACGCCGACGUAACGUGCUCAAGUUUUCUCAACGAUUUGAACCCCGACACGUUGGAAUACUUUGAGAUGAUCAGCUUCAACCGGCUCUCAAAGCUCUCCUUUGAAGCCCUAGGACGACACAAGUCCUUGCGCGAAUUAUCAUUAGGCAACCUUAGCCAUGAAGCCAUGGAGAACCUGAAUGCUCUCAAAGAAUGCACAAAAUUACACACGCUUAAGCUUGAUGAUGAUCUGGGUUACGCCCAUCUUGAGGGCGUCAACGAUCAUGUAUUUCUCGAGGUGGUCGAUUGGCUCAGUUCCUGCCGAAAUCUGCGCGACCUGAGCCUGAAGAAAUUCGCGGAUGGACCUGCUAUUCUUUCGCGAGUUCUUUGCUCGCCCAACGUGAAGUUGACCAAACUAUCUUUAGAGGGAUACCGUGUACUCGACACAAACUCUCAACUCUUCCAUUCCGCGCUUCCCGAGCAGAGGACCUUGGAAUCAAUUUGUCUCAAGGGCUCCUGUGAGGGCACCACGUCUCGUGACCUGAGAAUCAUGGUCGAAGGUCUAUGUGGAUUGAAGAACCUCAAAGAGCUUGUCCUCAAGGACGUGUCUGACGAAUUUUCCGAGGCUGACAUUGCCACCCUUGCCAUGAGCCUUCCACAUCUCGAAGACUUGUGGACCAGCGGAGGUGAGGUAUGUGAGGGCGUCUUGGAUGUCUUGGCGGGACUUGACAAGCUCAAGAACUUGACCCUCUACGCCUUGACACAAUUCACCUCCGAAGGGAUCUUGAACUUUUUGGAGCGUCUCAAUCCGGUCACGCAGAAAGGGUUCAGCUUGUCUUUGAUGGCCGCGAACCCAGACUUUGACUUGAAUGAGACCGAGCAAGACUUGAUCCGCGAAUAUAUCCGAACGAACCUGGAUGGCCGUUUCGACUUUGUUUUGUGGAGAGAUGCCGAAACAAGCGACAGUGACGACGAUUGAGACACACCACCCAGAAAACAAGCAACCUGUUCAACAAGUGACAUUAAUCACGUCUUGGAUGCUGCCUUGUCGAGUGCCGUUUCCAAAACUUGGCAAAAUCGAAAGACGUCUGUAAAAUUAUUGUACAGUGGUGCCGGCGCCACUCUGAUGACGUCCGGUUUCCUUUCAUCGAUGAUGACGCCCUCAUGCUCGAGAUGUUCGAGGACAUUGUCAAGCAAUCCCGGCGCCAAGCGUAUGCUAAGCUGGGCGCCACGUUCACUGGGGUUACGUGGUGUGAUGAUGUCGAAGAGUCCCGGUUUCCGAAGAGCCAUCGUGUUCAAGAGCUGUUCAAGAUAGGCGGUCAAUCUCAAUGAUUUCUGACGCAAGUCGGUCAUUGAAGUUUCAUUGAAUAUUUGCAAAGAUGCCACAACGGCGGCGAGAUCGAGGGCACUUGGGUUGGACAGCUGGUAGCCUUUAGCGCCUGGUCGCGGGACAAAUUCUAGCAGAGAAGAGUUAGUUAGAUAUGAAAUGGCCAUGUAAUAAUGCAAC